UCGUUCUCUCCCUCUUCUUCCCCAUCUUCGUUCUCUUAAUCGAGCACCAAGGAUCUUCACCCAUUUCUAGUUGUUGAUCGUGAGUUUUCUCGGUGAAAUGUUAAACCCUCUGCUCCCUAAAGCCCUAACCCCAUUCACUCCUUGCUUAUUGAAACCCUAACCUAAAGCCUUUUCUCCCUUUCGCCGACCAUUAAUAUAGUUUAUUCUAAAACAAAUUGAAAGUUCUGGGUUUUGAAGUUCAUGAACAAAAAAGUCUUUACGGAUUGUUUUUAUUUUUCUAUUAGUUUUGAAAUUCUUUUGAGACUUGCAAUGCAAUUCUUAGACAGGCAUUUUGUUUUUAUAGACGGGUACUGCAAGUGUCUGAUAACGGGGAAAACUGAAAUAUAUUUGGUUGCCCAACAAACUUUUGAAGUUGGUUUUAGCCUUUUGCGGAAUGAAUAUUGAAGCUAACAAUUUUCUUGAUUAUUGGUAUUUCCUUAAAGCUUCAAUGGCAUGGUGGGAAGGUUUUGAUGAAGCUCGUCUUCUCAUUGCGCCGGAACUGGAUGUAACCGGAAAUUGCAAGGGACAAUUGUUGUUACUUCGCCAUCCCAAAUCUGGAAAUAAAACAUCAUACCUUUUUAUCAAUGGAGCUCUUCAAGAAAUUCACUGGGUUAAGCAAUCAUAUGGAUCUUGGUUUGUGGGAGAAUAUGUUUGUGAAGAUGGGAGCCUAUAUACUGCAACUCCAAUUGAUCCGGUCUUCAUCCUGUUGCCCAUUUUUGAGGAAGCACGAAUGAAGAAGGGGGAUGAUCUGGGGAAGUUUCGUCAGCUAGAUGAGAUAAUUUUCAUUAAUGGCUAUCCUGGAUAUCAAUGUUUGUUUUCCAUUGCGGAGAAAUAUAUGCAAGUAGUUUGUGAUUUUAAAGAAGUUGGAUGUACGAAGUUUUUCAGACUUAAUGAUUCAAAAGUAUUGAGUUGGUUGAGCUAUAAGGUAGACCAACUAAAGCAGAUUCUACCUACCCUGGAUAAGAACUAUGCGGCACGAGAUGAGAAGGAUACAUUAGCUGAUGCAGUCUCAAUACUGAGGGAGUAUUUGAAGGAUGAACCUUGGUUGAAGCUCCUGUGCGGCAAUCUAAAGUUAGAUUUACAAGAAGUACCUAAAGAUCAAGACAUUAAGAUCCUUCCAAGCAGAGUAGAAAAUAAUCCGCUAUCUUUUGAUCCUAUACAGGAAAAUAGCUGUAAGAAAACAACCGGGAGUGGAAGGCAAACUAAAAAAGCAAGAGUGGAGUCUCAGAAUAUCCAAGAAAUGUUUUCUAGGGCCUCAAGAAGGAGAUGACUUCUGUAUCGCAUUAUCAAACAGCAACCCUUAAAUCUUAUUCGAGUUUUCUGUGAACUCGCUUCAAUUGCCUGUUUGAAGUUCUGCUGCUGCACCUCGCAAUACUCAUUGGUGGACCAAUAUUUUGGUACCGACAUCAGUCACCCUGUUCUAUACUGCUAUUCCAUGUAACGCUUAAACCCAAUUUCUGGGUGUAAAAGAACUUAACAAGUAAUACUGUAAAAUGAUGUAUGUAGCAUCAGCUGCAAUGCACUAACUAGUGGUUCUCUUCUAGCAAAUCAUUUAUUUAUGCCAUGUAACUUGAUAUACAACUAUUGCAAUUUUCUUCACAUUGAACUUAGUAUUCUCGUGUAAUUGCUGAACCAAAUUCUGUAAAAGCUAUCCCAAAGAGUUGAUUGCAGCAAUUGCCUAAUGGAAUGAAUGAUGAAAUGACCAAACAAAUGAAUGUGCUUA